AUGAAUAAAUUUGAAGACGAUUUAAAAUAUGCUCAAAAAGCUAAUGGAAAUGAGUUUUUAAAUUGGAUCUAAAAUCUCAGUUUUGAACUCAUAAAAUAAAAAGAAUAUUCAUAUGGUUAAGAGUUCCUUAAAUUUUAACAUUUAGUAUAUGAACUAAUUUUCAAAUAAGAUGGGAUAUUAAAUAGUAGUUUUAGAACAACUUAAAUGAGAUUUGGAUCUAUAGAGGAUACCCUAUUUUUUAUUAAAAUUCUUAAUGUCCUCUCACCAAAUGAAUAAUCAUUUUAUCAAUCAUUACCUUCUGAAUAUCCUUUUAAUCCAGUUUAAAUUGAUAUAUUACCAGCUCAUUUGUAAUUAUUUUUGAAGGAUCCCUCUAUUAUUAAUAUGAAUUCAUAAUUUUAAACUUUCCAAGAAAUUUUUUAAGACAACAUUUUAAUUGAAAAAAACCAACUAAAAUUCUGUGUUAGUGCUAAAAUGAUGUUUUGGAUUUAUUUACUAAAUGGAGCAGUAAAUUUUAAAGAAAGUGCUUUAAAUGCAACUGAAAAUAGUUAAAAAAUCCUUGAUUGUGCAUUUAGCAAAUGCAAAAAGAAAUUUAACACAAAAGACUUUUUAUUAAAAUAAUUAACAUUUAAUCCUUAUUUAAUAUUAAUAAGAAGAAUUAUUGAAUAUAUGGUUAUGUAGAUAAAACCUGGCAACACAAUAUAAAAUAAUUAAAAUAAACAAAUUACUAUAUUCACAUUUCAAUAAAUGAUAAUUUUAUUAUAAGAAUAUUCUAUGUAUGAAAAUUUAUAUGUAUAGAAAUUACUUGAUUUAAAUCUAACAAAUGAAUAAUAAAAGUUAUUUUAUAAAAUCAAACCAAGUAGUGUUGUAUUAGAUACUUAAAUGAUGUUAAUAUAUUUAACAAUAUUUUUUAAUAAUAGGUAUGGAUAAGAUUUAGAAGCUACAUAUUCAUAAUUUAAACAUUUUAUUAAGAGUACUGAUAUUCUUAGCAAAUAAAGUUAAAUCUUUUAUUAAAAUAGAGGGUUCUUUUUUGAAUGUGGUAGACAAAAAUAAUAAAUUACAUAUUAAUAAGGAUUAUAUAAAUUUUUAGAGAAUUCAUUCAAAUUUUAUCAUAAUGAUAGAUAAUGCAAUUAAAUUUCAUUACUUUCCCAUUUAUCAACCUAUGUCUUAUUUUUGAGAUAGUAAUUUGCAGUCUAUGAGAUUUCUAUAUAUAAUUAGGUAUUGAUAUUUGAUUAAGCAUUAUUGUCUUGUUUAAUAUCUUAAAAUACAAUAUUAAAUUAACUUUAAAAAUAAUAAAAUUUCUAAUACAAAAGUAAUAAUCCUAUUGCUCGAUUUAUCUUAAGUGAGUUAUAACCUAUUUAUCAAUUAUGCAAAAAUAAAUUUGGAUAAUGUCCUUAAGCAAUAUUGUUUAAAGAAUAUAAACCUUCAAAUUUAUUAUAAUGUUUUGAAUCAAAAUUUAAUGCUCAAGAAUAUGAAAUAAAUUUUCAUUUUAGAGAAAUAGAUCAAUAUAGAAAUCAAAUGAAAAAUCUAUUAAGAGUUCAUUAUCCAUUUUAUACUAAAUUAUUAAUUGGAAUUUUUAAAUGCAUUAGUAAUCUAAGUUAUUUAAGUGAUCCAGAAUAUUAAGGAAUAAUGCAUUUACUAACAUUUAUAUAUUCUUAGGAUCAAAAUUCAUUUUUUUGUGAUCUAUUAAAAUUUUAAUAAAAUUAGCCCUACCAAAUUCCUGCAUAUUUCGAAGUUAAGAAUUUCUGUGAUGUCUAUAUCAAAGAUAGCAAAGAGGAAGAGUUUCAGAUAAAAUAAAAUGAAAAUAUAUAGAAAUGGAUUUAAUAAAUCAUUAUCUAAUUAAUGCAAUAUUAACAAUAGAAGAAUAUAAAAAAUGAUAGAAUUGUACAAUAUUUAGGAGAAUAAUUUAAUAUUCCUAUAUCUACAAUAAAGGUUGUACCUAUAAGAAAUUUAAGUCUCUCCAAAAGUACUGGAAGGUUAUCAAGAGCUAAAAUGUAAAUUUAUUAAUUUCAUAUAGUUAAAUUAAUUAAUGGAAAGCACCUUUAAGGGAUUUUGAAUUUUAUUUUCUUUUUGUUUUGAUGUGGUAUUUGAGCUUAGGUUUAGAUAAGUUUCGAGGGUAACAAAUAAAUGAAUUUCCUUCAACUUAAUGGCCAAGAAAACUAGCUUCACCUGUGAAUCUUUUAAUCGUGUCAAUUCUUACAUACAUUGUAAUCACUUUAGUCUUUAUGCUCUUUUGA